AUGACUGAGGAUUCUGUGGCCAAUGUAGAUGCAGCUGCUGCCCAAGGCACUGAAGCUGCCGCCACGACUCAGAGCGCGGAUGCCCCCAGGACCCCCACAGCGGUUGGGGGUGAUGGGACAGAUGGGAAUCCUCGUGAAGCCGAGCAAUCGGAAGUGGAGAGGCCAGGCUCCAGCCGGACACCCUCGGUCUCUUCCCGACAGUCGAUCCAUGUGGCUGUGCCUCCGAACGUUCGACCAGGGGAAAAGUUCUUUGUUGUGGUUGAUGACAUGGAGUAUGAAGUCAUUGCGCCAGAGGGCUGCGCCCCAGGAGAGAUGAUUGCUAUGGACAUACUGGCAGAUUUACGGUCUUUGGAGGGUCUGGACGAGCAAGCGCCGUCCAUUAUACUCGUUUCUCCGGAUACCGGACCAGGGCCCGUAGGGUCCAUAGGCUCGUCCAAGGGAGACCUGGAAUAUGAGGCCUCUGUGGCAGAAUCUGUUGCCACAGACGCCAGUAUUGUUCAAAUCACCGUGCCUGACGGCUGCCAAGCUGGGGAUACCUUUUUUGCCGCAGUCCACGGGCUAGAAUUUGAGAUACUGGUGCCAAAAGGCAGCAACCCUGGGGAUGUGAUUACACUGGAGGUACCAUCGAAGCAUGCAAUUGGAAAGUUUGCUACCCCUGACCCUAUGGCUGACGUGCCAUCCAUUCUCGUGAGGGAUGCCAUGGCCAGCCAGGGUUCUAGCAACUCGGAUGUCUUUGCGGAAAUUGAAGUUCCAGAGAAUGCGGUCCCUGGCCAAACAUUUGUGGCGGUCAUUGAUAACGUGGAAUUUGAUGUUCCCGUCCCCGACGGCUACGGACCAGGCGACAAGAUGACGCUGCAGGUGCCUUCACAAGGAUUCUUGCCCAGUCCAAUCCCUUCUGAGCUGCGAGAGAUGCGUCAAGAGCUGCAAGAAGUUCGUCAAGAGCUGCAAGCGGUGCGGCAAGUUCAGAUUUCGCAGAGGCGAGCUGAAGAGGAAUCAGGGCCACAUGAGUCGAAAUCCUCGCAUGACUCGAACUUCAUCGAGAUCCUGAUACCGCCAGACUGCUAUGCAGGAGAUGCCUUCAUUGUGGAAGUGGACGACGUGGAGUUUGAGAUGGUUGUCCCAGAUGGCUGCUUGCCUGGCGAGGUGAUCUACAUGGACUUGCGAGAGGGCGCUGGGCCCUACCCGGCGACCGAGCUCAGUAGCAAGCAGAAGAGCAGUUCGAGACCAGCAUCAGCAGUGAAGAAGAAGAUCUUCGAGGAGCUGGCAAAGGAGCAGCUCCAGGCCAUGGAGGCUUCGCAGUUCUCCGCCUCGGGCUCCGCGGCCUCCGCGGGGUCACGGGCCUCUCGCCUAGAGGUUUUAGAGAUCACGAUUCCGGACGAAUGCUAUCCCGGGGAUCUCUUUGUCAUCGAGGUGAAUGGUGUGGACAUUGAGCUGGUUGUGCCGGAUGAAUGCCAACCCGGUGAAGUGAUAUACAUGGAUCUUCUUCCAGAAGGGCGGCUCGCCAAUUCACGGCCCGCAUCCGGAACCACUGCCACAGAUAAGUCGCACUCGCGGCCUGCAAGCGCGAGAAAGAAAGCAAAGGCACUGGACUCUUUGGGUCUCGGUUUGAGUUGUGAACUUCUAGGAUCUGAAAGAGUCCUGUGCAAGGCGAUACAAACAACGCCUGAGAGACCAUCGAGUCCAGAGUCUCAGAGACAGACUUCGCCCACAGCGGAAGCAGCGGAAGUGGUUCAAGAGUCUGGGGCAGCGUCUGGGGAUGUUGCCGGGACGACGAGCCCAGAAAAGCCUGAGAGUGUGGCAGGAUCUGUUGCAGGGACUGAAGACGACCUGGUUGAAAUUGUGGUGCCCGAAGACUGUGUGCCUGGUGACAAGUUCGUUGCUGUCUUUGAGAUGGAGUUGAAAGUACCAGAGGGCUGUGAGGGUGGUGACGUCCUUGUGGCGGCGAUGCCGCAUCAUGCUAUACCCGAAGCAGAGCUGGACACUGCCGAGUCGCAUUCAGCUCUUGGCAAGACACUGGAGGCCUUGGGAUGGACGAAGGAGAUUGAAAAUUUGAAGCAGGAGAUGGAGAACCUGAAGCAGGAACGCCUCCAGCGACCGGAGUUAGAGCCAGAGGCUCUGGCUCCAGAGGCCAAGGCCGAUGAGGACAUCGGAGCCCUGAAGAAGGAGAUUAUUCAUCUGAAGGAGGAGCACGCAAGGCUUCUGGCCCAGUCGCAGCAUGCUGCCCAGAAGCACCAGAUGGAACGAAGCGAUGCGAAGGAAAAGAUGGCAAAAGAGAUGGCAACUCUGCGAAGAGAGGUGCGAAAGCUUAAGCAGGCUAUCAAGGAGCCCACUCCGACCAUCAUGAACCUCAUGGGAGCCCAGGCCGCAGAAGUGCCCGUCCUGGAUAUGCAUUUCAAGCUUGAUGGGGAGCUGUCGACCUUCGACAAAGCGGCCUUUACGAAGUCACUGGCGCUAUCGCUGGGAGUCAACAAGUCCCUGAUUCAGCUGCGCCUCUCACCUGGCUCUGUCAUUGUGGACGCGAGCAUCUCCGUGAGUGAUGGCGCAGUGCUGCAGCGAGCGGAGGAGGUUCUGCGGAUGGAGAAGGAGGUGCUGUCGGAGCUGCUGGGGAGCACCGUGCUGGAAGCUCCACGGUUUCUGCUGAUGGCGCAGGGGCCGCAGCUGGGCAAGGAAAAGACAUUGAGCAACGAGACGCCUCGGUCCAAUGGUGUGGAUGUGGUGGAUGUUACCAUUCCGGAGGGAAUCUAUGCCGGAGAUGUCUUCUAUGCUGAGGUAAAUGGAGUGGAGUUCAAGGUGGUUGUGCCGGAGAACUGCGGACCCGGUAAAGUCAUUGAGAUGGAGGUCCCAUCCUCCCUCACACAAGAAGGCAUUGGCCUGGUAACCAGUCGUUCCAGCUCCUACGAGGCGCAAGAACCACUGACCGAGAUCGUUGAGGUGGUCAUACCCGUUGGUGCUCGUGCUGCUGGGGGGUUCAUCGCCACUCUUCAUGGCAAGGACUACGAAAUCUCUGUGCCAGAGGGUGGCCAGGAGGGAGACACCAUCGAAAUUGACUUGUCAGGCUUGUCACAGCCGUCAUCAAGGGGCUCGCAGGCAUCCAAGAUCUACGAAGUGGUUGUUCCAGAGACGCUGCACGCUGGCGAUCUGUUCAUUGCGCAGCUUCAGGGCAAGGACUACGAGAUACCGGUGCCUCACAACUGCCAAGGUGGUGAUGUCAUUGAAGUUGAUGCAUCAGGAUUGUCCGAACCGCCUUCCUCUGGAGGCCGCCAGGAGCACGAAUUCUUUGCCCCCAGACUUUGCGUAGCUUCAGAACAUCCAUUGUGCAGGACCCGCAUACCUUCGGAGUCAGCAUACCGCCGACGCUAUGUCCGAAUGACUCGCUCCUUGGCACGAUUUCUCAGGGACCGCUUGAAACUUUGA